UAGUUGAAUGUAUCACUUUCAUUCGACAUGUGCCACCAUCAACUUCUUUUGUCUUGUCUUUUCGUUUUAUGUUUCGACUUGUCCGUAAGCAAAAGAGUGUUUUUUCGUAAUUGUGGUGAAGGAGGGUUUAGUUGCACUAAUACGAAAGAUAUCACUUUUCAGUGCCCAAAUGAUACAAAUGGGUUGAUCUUUAUGGUAAACCAAUUCGCGAGUCCUUUCAAUAUCGAAACCUUAAAAAUCAGAGAUUGCAAAAAUCUCACAAUAUCAUUACGAUGCUCUAGUGAACAGAAAAAUAUCCAGUACUUACAUAUCAAUAAUAUAGGAGUCUUGAACAUAGAAAGGCUUCAAUACCAGUCUCAACUGCCACCGAAAGUUGUUCUAGAGAAUAUAGGAUAUAUGGAAACUAUACCUAGUUUUACUUUUUCCCAAAUUGAUAAGCGUUUGCAUACCAUUAACUGCUUCAAACCAAAAGAGGAUUUCAACGACAUUCUGGUGAAAAAUGUCAAUAUACACACCGUUCAAUCGAAUGCCUUCAAUAUGCCAAACGAUUUUGGUAAUGUCACCUUCAUAAACGUUACGAUUCAUAGAUUGCAGAGCUCUGCCAUUGUGACAAAACUAUCUACAAUAUCAAAUUUUCUUUUUGAAAGUGGUGCCGUCGAGUAUACUGAGAGCCUUGCAUUCAGAAUAUAUGGAAAAAUAGCAAUUUUCAGAGAAAACAAAUUCUUGGAAAUAUCUCCAAACGGUAUUAACGGUACACUAGGAAGUUUCAGCUUCUAUAAAAAUUUCGUUAACAUCCUACAACCUCAUAGUAUCUCUCUCAUAUCUCAAAACGUAUACAUUCAGGACAACAGAUUUGAGUAUCUGAAAAGUGGAGCGUUGGAAAAAAUAAGCCCGGGACUACUUGACGAUAUAUCUGGAAGAAAUUUCGGAAGAUUGAAGUUUAUUUACGAAUUUAAAGGAAAUUGUAUUAACUUUAUGGAUGCUGGAUGUUUGAACCCGGAUUUUGAGGCAUACGAGACUGUAGCGAGUGAUAUAAUAUUGAGUGAAAACAGCAUUUUUUGUUCCUGUGAGAAUUCGGCUUGGCUGAUUUCAGGAACUGGUCACGGUUACAACACAGCUCCCAUAGAAAGUUUUUAUGAAGUUUUUUUAGAUGAGGAGAAUCAAAACAAUUGCUCCUAUACUUGUAAUUUGCCGAUUGCGAAAACUAAAAUGUUGCUGCAGAAUGGAAAAUGUAUGGACAACAUCAGCAUGGAGUGGCUAUGCCAGAACAAAGGACUACCUUUUUUAUCUGCAACCACCCCCGAGCAGGAACAACUCAUAGCAGCAAAAAGUGCAUCGAAUUGUUUGACGUUAACCAGCCACGUUUUGUCUGUGGUACUGGUAUCGAUAAUGUACACUUCCAAAAUAAUUCAAAAGUUGUCUAGCUGUCUGUUGUGAAUAAACAUGUUAUGGAUCUAACUGUAA